GAGAACUGUCAAAACAACCGUUCUGCCGUACAAGCGGCCGACAUUAGCGUUUUUGACAAUUGAACUUUUUUUAACAUCAACUUAUUAUUAGAUUCGUAGGCUGCAAAGUAGGAAGAGAAACUUCAUUUAGAAAUAAUCACUAAAAAAAUACCAAAUUGAUUGAUACAUUAUUUUUUAAGAAAAGUUCAUGCUCUAAAAUUCAUUGAAAGCAAUUCGUGUUCUGUGUUCAGCGUUAUCUGUAUUGCGAAAUAUUUGUUUGGUGUGGGCAAAUUGCCACGGAAAAAACACAUAAAAAUGGUUGCUAGCGCGAAUUUAUGGGUGAAAUUUUUUCAAGCAGCUGGCGUUCCCAGCCAGGCCGCCGCCACAUAUGCUCACAUCUUUUACGAGAAUCGAAUGGAUUUGGAUAUGUUAACGGAUUUGAACAAAGAAUAUUUACGAGAAAUGGGAAUCACACCGAUGGGCGACAUCAUAUCAAUUUUGAGACACGCAAAGAAAGUAAAUGAGCAAAAUACACGCGACAAAAUACUCUCAGCAGAGAAAGCAUCAGUAACAACAGCUUCAGUCAGUCCGUUGUUGGCUACAACAUCCAAAAAGAUUAUUAAAAAGGACGAAAUCGUGAAGUCGGUGGAGGAACCAGCGAGAAAACCAGCAAGACGUGUUCUACCUGAACAUGAAGGACGUUACAAAAUUACGUUACCCUCUGGCUCAACAGAACGUAGUAAACAGAUUUUGGAGAAACAAGCACUAUUGUAUUCUGACAAAGAGGAAAAGAAAUUGGGAAUCUUCGAUCGAUUGGAACAAACAAAGAAAAAAUCAGCUCAACCACAGGUCAAAGUGACAGGACUGAAUAGUGUGCCGUCAACAUCUGCCUCUUCAAUCUUCUCACGGCUUGGCGGAAAAAGUGACGAUUUGGAUCUUGACGAUGAAAAGGCUGUUGCAUUUGCUGGAAUUCUAAAGAGCGCUCCAAAAAAAAUUGUGAGCAUUAAAAAGGCAUCAAAACCACAACAAAAGGCGAUUUUAGUGAAACGCAUCCCAGCCAAAGCGGCCACCAUGGUUGCCGAUGAAUAUGAGCGCAUGGAAACAGGGGAAAAAUCCGUAAAAUUCUCAAACACCGAUGAAAUUCUUGAAAUUGAAUCACGAAAAAAAGUCGCAGCUCACUCGAAUAAAAUCCGUCUCGUGAAAGCUGACAAUAUUCGAGCGCGUCUUGGCCUAACUGUAAAGAAUGAUAAAUUAUUACAAAGCGCUCUCUUGCAUCGUACAAAGAAAAUCGUUAAGCUGAAACAACCAGUUAAGCGCGCAAACGGGCAACCGUUAAAUGUAUCAACCAUGAAAUCAGACGAGGAUAAGAAAUCUGUCAAGAGCCGAAUUGGUUUGUCAAUGUCGCUGAAAAAAGGACCCGACGUCAGUAAAUUGGCUAAUCGGGUUGGUCGUGUAUCGCUCGGUUCACGUUUGGGAACAAAAAUGAAAAAUGGAAAUCAAAACAAAAUCAAAUCACAGUCCGCAUCUAGUGUCUUCGAUAGACUCGGAUUCAAUAAAAAGUAAAGAUUGAAAUUGCUUUUUGAAUUUGUAUACUAUUAGGGAUUCGAAUGUUUCAUUUCAUUUUCAGUUUUCGUUGAAUUAGUCCAAAGUUGGAAUCAAACGUACAAUUGUUCACCACACUAACAUCAAAUUGAUCAAAUAAAUUUGACAAACAAAAUAAAA